AUUCGCCGGAUCAAUCGGGGUGUUCCUGGUGGGGACUGCGGUGACGUCACUGGUGGUAGUUCUCGUCCUGGCGGAGAAGUGCGAGUGCAUGCCCGAGCAGGUGAAGAAGAUGAGCUCGGCGGUGGCCAGCAGUCGCACCGUCAGCCAGAUGCUCGCCUGCUUCGUGGUGCUCGUCCUCUUCCUCUGCUCAAUCACGUCCAUGUUCCUUCUGGAUCUGGAGAGUUACCGCGACUGCAGCCUCCUCUCGGCCGAAAACAUUACCAACCUGACCCUCGACGACGCCAACCACACGUCCUCCUUGAGCGUGGUGGCCGACGGACUCACCCUCCAGGCGCCCGAAGUCAUAUCCCUCAAGGAGCAGCUCAACGUCACACUGGGAGACGAGAACAAUGCAUGCCACCAGGGACCAACCACGCACUUCCCGGAUUAUUUCACCUUCUGCGUGCUGGUGGUGAUGGUGUCAUGUGCAGUGUACCAGCUUAUCUUCUGCAUCAUUAAACUCCUGCUCCUGGUUGCUAUCUGCGUUGCAUAUCUGUCCAUGGUUCUCUUCACACAUGGAUCCCUGUUCGACAAUCAGGAUGCUCUCCUUCUGAUGAAUAAAGGGGAUGGAGAGGUCUUCAUCUCACGGUAUGUUACAGUAGCAGUUCUGAUAGGAUUUACUAUUGCCUUCUUCAUCCAUGCCCAGCAGACAGAGGCUACAUCCAGGCUAGACUUCCUCUGGAAACUGCAGGCUCAUGAGGAGAAAGAUGAAAUUGAACAUCUGCAAGCCUAUAACAGGAAACUGAUAGCCAACAUUCUACCAGAACAUGUUGCUGUUCAUUUUCUGUGCACAGACAGAGCACCAGAUGAACUUUACCAUGAAGAAUGUGAAAGUGUCUGCAUCUUGUUUGCUUCCAUCCCAAAUUUCUCUGACUUUUAUGUUGAACUUGAGUCCAAUAAUGAAGGAGUAGAAUGUCUGCGGCUUCUCAAUGAAAUCAUAGCAGACUUUGAUGAGCUUCUUGAAGAGGAACGCUUUAAGUGGAUUGAAAAAAUAAAAUCCACUGGUGCCACUUACAUGGCAGCUGCUGGACUCACAAAAUCUACAAGGGAUUUGAAAAAUUUCCGUCAUGUGACAGCUAUGGCUGACUAUGCUCUGCGGAUAAGAGACCAACUGGAGUAUGUAAAUGAACAUUCCUUUAAUAACUUCAAAAUAAGAAUAGGUAUAAAUAUAGGUCCUGUUGUGGCUGGAGUUAUAGGUGCUAGAAAGCCCCAGUAUGACAUAUGGGGAAAUGCAGUUAAUGUAGCGUCAAGAAUGGAUUCAACGGGUGAGCUAGAUAAAAUACAGGUAACCCAAGAGGUGUAUCAGAUUUUACACAAGAAGGGAUAUCCUUUAUCCUGUAGAGGAACUAUAAAGGUAAAAGGAAAAGGAGACAUGGUAACAUACUUCCUCAAUGGUCGAAGCCAUGACAUCAUUGAAGAAGACUGUUCAAGCUCGGGGACGAAGGAGGCUGCUGCUGAGAACCAUACAUAGGGAAAGCACUUACAGGAGCUGUGCUAGUGAUGGGAAUCACACACACACAUAUACACGUACACACAGCCAUAAUCAGUUGAGGGGAAAUUGAAGCAAACAGAGUAGGACAUUCACAGAGAAGUAGGGGGGGUAGUAUUUUUUCUUUGCUUUUGUCAUUUUCCUUCACAGUAUUAAGAGGUUAUUUAGAGAAUUUUUGUACAUUUUUUAGUUCAUAUCUUCAGGGAAAAAAUUGUUUUCAGAUUACAUAAGGUAAAGCAAUUUUUUUUUCAUGUAUCUUUUGUAAACUGUAGCAUAGCAAUAAUAAUGAUACUGGUUUUACUCUUUUUUGAAGUUCAAACACACACACACACACACACACACACACACACACACACACACACACACACACACACACACACACACACACACACACACACACACACACACACACACACACACACACACACACACACACACACACACACACACACACACACACACACACACACAUGCACGCAUAUACACCAGAAUGCACAUAUGCUCACAUGGACACAUAAGCACAGACACAGACAUGUAGCUAUAUAUCACUUCUGUAAGUUUACAGUUUAUAUAACUAUUUCUCUAGAGUAUUAUGGCAUUUAUGAUUGUUUUUUUUCCAGUGAUUUUGAUAUUGACAUUUUUGUUAAUUUUUUCCAUAGCUACAUGCUGAAUGGAAUAUUUCUUGAGUAAUAAAUCUAGUCAAAAUAGUAUCUUGUGUUUGAAAUUUUAUGAAUAGGUUGCAUUGUAUCUUUCACAACACAACACACAAUACAACACACACAAUGCACACACACACACAAAGGUAAAUGAAAAAGAAUGGCUCUUCAGUGACCUACAGUAGCAUGAGGGUAAACAGUGUAUUAUCAAAAAAAAAAAGUGCAACAUCUGUAGGAGUAGUAAAGAAUCUUCUGAGCUGUGGCACUUAGACCAUACGUGUAGUAAAUGUGUACUUGAAUCUCAUGUAACUGUAUCACAGCCUUGUGUAUUAUAGAUCUGUCUCUUACCAUGACACAUUUGUUGCAAUAUACAUACUAGACCUUAUCUACUUGUAUGCUGUGAAUGCCUUGAUUUGUUUUAUGGAGAAGAAAAUGUCUUUAUCAGAAUGCAAGAUGUAUAUUUAUAUUCUAUGGUUGUGAUACUAACGUAAUGCCACCAAAUAUGUAACAUUCUUCUUAGUACUUACGAAAGUGUUUCAAAAUGGCUCCUUUACUAUGCUUUUAUUGUAUUAUCAGAUUUAAAGUUGGCAGGAGAGAUCCAAGCAGCCAAUGAUAAUUUAUAUCAGCCAGGCCAGUACAUGAAAGUUUAGCAAUGAAAAUACAGUCCACUUUCUUGGAUGAUAUUCGCUGAACUGAAGUCUACAAACUCUUUCCUACUAAUUUACAUCAAGAAUUUGAAUAAAAAUAUUUUUAUUACAUAAGACUAGAUUUGCUCGUGGUGACAAAACUUUUUGCCAGACAUGCUUUUGAUAUAUGUAAAUUACUGAUAUUAUUGAAUUGCAUGUUCUUGCAUACAAUUCUAAAGUGUAUGUUUGUAAACAAUAUUGCUUCCUAUUGUAAAUACAGGCAUUUACAACACUCUCUUCCCAUUGGAUUUUCAAUGAAAAAUACUGUACCUUGCUAAGAAGGAUAUGGCUCACUGACAGGACAUGUACUGUACAUAGCUAUACAUAUAUGUAUAUAAGGGUGUCAUCCAAUAGUGUUUAUGUGGUGUAGGAGGUUAUUCAAAUGUGGCAUUUCAUAAGUAGAUUAGACAGUGAAAAGACAAGCUCAUGUUUAGUAAAUGGGACCACGUGGUAAGCUGCAUUUGGGAGGAAUUCAGAGAUUUUGAGUAUAUAUAUUUUUUCAACUACUUAAGGAGAAAUGUAUUGCAAUUAUUGUGGUGAUGAAAACUUACAUUUACUUGUCUCUUCUUAUAUGCAAGGUCCAUUUGUGGAUCAUUGCUGUUAAAUUGGAAUAAACAAGAAAAUGUAAACAUGUAAAGUCAUAUUUUACAGUUAUGGAAGCUCAUGCAAUACAGAAUAUUAGCAGAAUGCUAUAAAAUGCAGUAUUAGCCACAGAGAGGGUAAUGAUCUUAGGUUAAGAUGUUACUCACAUCUCUCAGCAAUAGCUGUUUAAGAUUUGUUAUUCACCAAUGUGAGGCCUCAUUCAGAACUUACUCAAGAUGCUUUAGAACAAUGCUUUUUAUCCCACUAUCAGAAACUAGUAUGCAGUUUUUAUAUGGAUUAUUGGUUCAAUCAGGAUUGAUGACAUUUCUUUUUACAAUUUUAUUGGU